UUACAAAAAUCUUGAACUAAAAGGCCUCACCACCACCAACCAAUUAAAACAAUGUGAAGAGAAGUUGUAAAGCAAAUCUAGUGAAGAAGUUCAAAAAAAAAUAAAAAAAAAAUAAUGGAAACAUGUUCAUUUCCAAGAAUUGUAUUAUCUCCUUUAAAUCCACUAAUAUCAAAAAACAAACACUUUCAAAUUCCCAAAUCCAAACAAUCACAUAUAAAAAUCACACCUCUUUUUGCAACACUCAAUUCUCCAAAAGGUUUUGGACCUUCCCCUAAGAAAAUUACCAAAAAAUCCAAGAAAAUACCAAAACAAGAAAAUGAAGAUCAAUACGACGAUAACGAUGAUAAUGAUGAUGAUGAUGAACAAGAAAGAGGAGUUAUACCAGAGAUAGUAACUAAUAGAAUGAUAAGUAGAAUGGGAUUUUCAGUUGGUAUUCCUUUGUUUAUUGGUUUAUUGUUUUUUCCUUUUUUUUAUUAUCUUAAGGUUGGUUUAAAAAUUGAUGUACCUACUUGGGUACCUUUUAUUGUGUCAUUUGUGUUUUUUGGGAGUGCCUUAUUGGGAGUUAGUUAUGGGAUAGUUUCAUCUAGUUGGGAUCCAAUGAGAGAAGGGUCAACUUUGGGUUGGAAUGAAGCUAAGAAGAAUUGGCCUGUUUUUUGGCAAUCAAUUAGUGGAGGUGGAUCAAGAAAAAAGUAUUAGGAGUUUUUUGGACUUUGCUUAUGUAUCUUUUAUGAAUAUAAUAAUGUGUUUAAAUCUUGAUCUUGUUAUAAAAUAACAAUGUCAUUUGGAUUGUUUAUUUGUGAUUUAGGUAGUUUCUUGAUUUGUGGGGGUAUGUAGUCGAUUUUCUGUCGUAAAGUAAUAUUUAAGUUGUUAAUGUACGAGUCUUAUGAGAUUAUGAUGAUUUUAAAAGCGUAGGACUUUUGGUUAUUCAUUUUUCAUUAAUGUAAUGUGUUUAAAGUUUGAUCUUAUUUAUAAUAACUAUGUCAUUUGGA